AUGACGUCUCCUUGCGACGAAGCGGGCCAAGGAUCGCCAGGGCCACAGGGGGAUGCAGCGAAGCAGGCGAGAGAGGCAGGGGCAGCGGCGGCGGCGGCGGCGGCCGCGGCCGCCGGGGUGACGAAUGUCAACGAGGCCGCAGCACCGAUCGUGGUGUCCCUGCUCCACGCGCUCACGUCCGCAGACAAUAGUGCGCGCAACCGCGCGGAGCAGGCGUUCAACGAGCUGAAGCAGAGCCAACCGGAGGCCCUCCUGUACGGCUUGCUGGAGGGUAUCGGCUCCAAGCACCUGCCGCCCCACGUGCGGGGUCUAGCGGCAGUCCUCCUACGCCGAGCGCUUCUUGUGGAGGAGCCUACCCUCUGGGACUGCCUACCGGCGGCGUCGGACAUGGGAAGCGGCCACGGGGCCUCCGAAGGGGGGGGUGGGGCGGAGGUCGGGAAGAUGGGACAGCGGGAGCUGCAGGCGUGCUUGCUGCAAAUAUUGUCUGACGAGGGCGAUGCUUCCGUACGAAGAAAGGUGGGUGACCUCGUGGGAGAGCUCGGACGUGCCGUGCUGGACGAAGACGGCCCCGAGGGAUGGCCGGAGUUUCUCCCCUACGUCCUGCAGUCCGCGUCAUCGUCGUCUACGUUUUCGGCCACCGCGGCUGCUUCUACUGCGACAAGCGGCAACGCGAACACUAGUACCGCGGGUGCCGCUGGCAACGGUUACCACCAGCAGCACAACGGCUCUGCGGAUGCGGGGGCUCAGAAGGAACUCCAGCAGCUGCAGCUGUGUGAUGUGGUGAAGGGAGGAGGGGUGGAGGCAGCUGGGACACCCUAUGCGUGGGCGACGGUAGUGACGGGGCUUAGGCUCAUGUCCUCGGCGGCGCAGCACACCGCGAUAGCGGCCGCGGCGGAUCCAAGCGCCUUCAAAGCCCUGGUGGAAACCCUUCAGCGGUGUCUGUGCUGGCAGGGGAGCGGAGAAGGUGGGGGGGGGUCUCCGGAUGUCCGCCUGGAGGCGGUGCGUGCCCUGGGCUCCGUGGUGGUGGCGUGCGAGAGGCCGUCGGACCAGGCGUCGUUCUCUACGUGCCUCCCGCACCUGCUGCAGGCUAUCCAAGCCACGCUUUCUAGCGGUGAACGCAACUCGGAGAGCCGUGUGUGGUACUGCUGCGAGACGCUGGAACUCGUUGUGGAGCUAGCGGAGGUCUGCCCGGCCUUCCUGAGACCGAGGGUUGCGCAGUGUGUGGCUGGGAUGGUGCAGGUGGCUGCCGACCGCUCUGUGGAGACAUCUGUGCGGCACCUGGCUCUGGAAUUUCUAGUGUCUAUCGUAGAGGCGUCGCCCGCUAUGUGCCGGAAGAUGCCAGGAAGGGGGAUGGAGGGCGCAGGAGUGAUGGGAGGCGGUGACGGUGCUGGCGGUAACGGCGACAACGCGUUCGCGACGAGCGUGAUCCCCGUGUGUUUUUCGAUGAUGGCGGAGCUGCCGGAGAACGAGUCCUGGGCUCUGGGGGAGACGGAGGAGGAGGACUCUGUCGAGGACAACGUUUGCGAGGUGGGGUCGGAGGCACUGGAGAGAGUCGCGAGGGCUCUUGGAGCAAGGGCCGCGCUUCCCGUGUGCAGGCAGUUGGUGAAGGAGGGUCUUGCUGGGUGGGCGUGGCAGCAGCAGCACGCGGCCUUGUCGGCCCUGGGCAUCCUCGCCGACGUGUUCAACCAGCCGCAAGGGGAGGAAGGGUUGGAGAUGCGAACCGAGGCGUUGUCGCAGCUUCUACCCUUUAUCGCAUGCUCGAGGCCCCGUGUCCAGCACGCCUCCCUCUGGGCGCUGGAGAGGAUGGCAGAGGACCAAAGCCCAGAGCUGCAAGAAGAACACCACGAGGUUAUCGUCCCGGCCCUGCUGGCUUGCAUCGACCCUAACAACGGAGGCUGCCCUAGAGUGCUGCAUCGAGCUUUGCUGACGCUGGCUGUGGUGGUGGAGGCGUGUCCCGAGGGCGGGGUUAUGCCGCACGCCGAGGCGCUCUUGGAGAGGUGCGUGAUGCUGAUCCGGCAGGGCCCGGUGAUGGUGCAGGAGGCGGCGGUGGCACUGGUGUCCGCGGCGGCGGAGGCUGCAGAGGACGAGGACUUCGGGCGCUUCUACGACGUCGUCAUGCCCUUCCUCCUGCAGAUCCUGAGCUCGUGCCCCGGACAAGAGCAACGCCUCCUAAGGGGGAAGACCUUGGAGUGCGUAUCAUUAGUGGGGGCCACCGCGGGCAAGGAGAGGUUCGGCGUGGACGCUCUGUCGGUGAUGCAGCUCAUGGUGCAGGCACAAGCUAGCGGUCUCGAUGAUGACGACCCAACCAGAGUCUACAUGCUCAGGGCCUGGGUGCGCAUCUGCAAGUGUCUGGGUCCGGACUUCGUCCCGUACCUUCCGCUCGUCAUGCCGCCGCUGCUGGCUGCUGCGUCUGCCAACGUCGAAGUUGAGCUUCCCUCGGGAGGAGGUGACAGCGAUGAGGCGGAUGUUGACGAGCUCGACAGCGACGUGGACUGCAUGGAAGGCCUCGAUGGAGAGGUGGUGGCCGUACGAACGUGGGCGUUGGAAGAGCAGGCGACGGCGUGCCAAAUGAUUCUGCUGCUGGCGGAGGCGUUGCAGGAGCACUUUCUGCCUUACGUGGAGGCCGUGGCGGGACAACUCGCGCGACUCGUCAACAGCAGUCCCCACGACGAUGUCCGAACGUUCUGCAUGGCGGCGAUGCCUGAGCUGGUGCGAGCUUGCGGCAAGGCGGCGGUAAUGCCAGGUUCGGACCUUCAGGGGGGGCGUGUCCGGCAGCUUCUGGAGUUCUGCUUGGGCAGGCUGGUGGAAUCUUUGGACAAGGAGGAGGACGCGGAGCUACUCAUGACGGCCGCUCAGGCGUGCAAGCGAUGCGUCUACUACGCUUGCGUGAGAUGGGAGGUCCACACGGAAGGCAUGGACGAUCCCGCGGACCCGCGGCCUUCGACUUGCCGACGGGUGCUGAACGAGGAUCAGUCGAGGGUGCUCGCAAGGGCAGCGCUAGGAUGCCUCGGGCAGAGUUUGCGAAGAAGGGCGCUCAGGCGGGCGGAGGCGACGGCUAGUGAGGACUGGGAUGAGGAGGAGGAGGAGAGGGCGCAGGCUGCCGGCGAGGAAGAAGUGGAACUUCACGUGAACCUUGCGGAGCUCCUGGGCUUCCUUUUCAAGACCCACGGAGAGGCAUUUUUCCCCGCCUUUGAGGAGUUGCUUUUGCCGAGCGUGCUGGAGAUGGCGAGGCCGGACAGCCUGCCAGAAGACAGAAAGGUUGCGGUUCACGUACUCGACCACGCGUUGGAGUUCGCAAAUCCCGCCACCUGCGUGAUUCUUCCUUCGGUGGUCCCGCUGCUGCUGGAGGCGUGCACAGACCAGGCUCCUUCCGUUAGUCUGCCCGCCUUUUUUGGAGUGGGUGUAUCAGCGGCAACGUACGGCCCGGGUUUUGCGCCGUUCAGCGGGCAGGCGCUCAAGGUGCUUGUCGAGGUCAUCCUUCGCCCAGACGCGCGACACGAUGACCGAGAGAUGGCCACGGAUAACGCGGUCAGUGCCCUUGGAAACCUCUUGGAGGCGCAGCGAGAUACCCUGUCCAACCCAGAGACCGGGGUCGGGGGAGAAGAAGCGGUGGGGCGCGCGUGGGGUGUGUGGCUUGGGUACAUGCCGCUUCGAGCUGAUGACGAGGAGGCGGAGAAGGUGGCUGAGCAGCUCUGCCGACUGCUGACGGCGUCUUCGUCUCUUGCCGAUGCCCGCGCCAUCCUCGGGAGCCGUUUGGAGCGGCUGCCCUUGGCGCUAGCUGCGCUUGCUGAGAUGGCCGGCAGCGAACUAAUCGGUCCCGAAGUUCGACAACAAGUCGGCCAGGCGAUUCUGAUGCUUCAGGCGGGAGGGGGGCACAGCGGUGGCGUCCUGGACGGGGGGGGGGGCGAUCGAGUGCCGGUGGAGUCGUUCGCAGCGGCUGCGGCCGGACUAGGGGCGGAGCGAAAGAGCUGGCUUGAUGCUGCUGCCGCCGAAUUCACGGCCCUCUGCCAUCGCGUUUGACUGUUAGCGAUCAUGUUAAAUCUUUUAUCCGCUGAAUGGAUGUUUUGAAUUGAACCGAUCGAUGAUGUUCUGGUUGGUUUAAGACUUGGUGUCGUCGAUAUCGUGCUGAUCGAUUUGUUAAGGGUUGGUCGCGUUGCUGGCGAUUUUCAUCUUUUGUGUGUUUUGUUUUAUGUUUUUCAGCCGUUUGUGUGGUAUGCGUUUCCCGUCUGCCCAAUCAGUUUUCUCGGUACAUUUGACAGCCUCCGCCGAGUGUUGGCGCUUUUCUCUCUUCGUCUCUGACAUGGCCUUCUUUGAAGCACCAACAAAUAUCACGAUGCUCGUGUAUUUUCUGCUCGAGUACACAAGCGUUUCUGGCGACCUCAGACGCCAUUGUUCAAUUUCGAAACACAGGAGCCAGGCGAUUGUUGGGUGUAGGGAAGAAAUGCUCUCGAUGUCAAGUGAGGGACGGGGGUGGGCGUAGAGAAGAAAUUACUGCCUGGCUGGAGUCCAUUUACUGUUCGUGUCACUCUUCCAAUGUUUUGAAUGUUUGGCCACUAAGGUGUCGAAUUGGAUGUGUCCAUUUAGACGAGUCAACAAAUCGCGGGACAUGAGUGAAUUUCCCCGUGGACAUGUGUGAUACAUGGCUGUGCGGUGUGUGUGAUUCAUAGACGGUCCUGCUGCAGGUAGAACAAAUCACAAGUCACCGGCGACACCAUGAUGUGUUUUCUUUUGAAGUCGCGUGUCGUAGCCUACUUUGUCUUUGCUGCAUGUGUCCGAGAGAACGAAAAUCUGACGAGCGGCGACACACUCGACCCUAUUCUGUGUGUUAUGCUGCUGUCCUAUCUUACGCGUUGGUUGUAUCGUUGUAUCGUCGGUGCGUUAGUUGACGUGUGUACUCCGUUUGAGUUUUGCCACCCUCACACGUGGGAGCA